AUGGAAGUGGGUGCCGCUGUGGCUGCUGGAUGGACCGAAGAGGAGCAGCUGGUCAGGUACCUGGUGCACCCAUCUCCCGAUGGCUACCCAGAGGGCGCGAGUGCACUACCAGUUGCUCCACACGACUUACCGCCUGCGCCUCCGAGAGUGCAGGCCAACCUGGCCGGAUCAGAAACUGUGCUCCAGGAGCGAUCCCCGUGGGAGCAAGUUCUGGAAGCGCAGGGCUUCCCACAUGGGGACCUUGCAGGCAGCAGCACAGCGCCACCGCUACUCCACACUCAGCAGAUGGCUGUGGAAUUGCCUCCCAUGAGGAUGCCCAUCAUGGCAGCCAUCGGACCAGUACCGAGCGGCCGCGUGGAGCUGCUCUCGGCCAACCUGGGCCCGGCCAGCGCGGCCACGAGUAUGCGAGGGCCCAGUGAGGCGUUCCAGUCAUGGCUGGUCGACCUGGAGAGGUUCCAUGAAGAGAGGCUCCUGCAGGAAGCUCAGCGUCGCUUCUGCAGCUGUGGGCCGCACGCUUCUCUCAACGAUUUCAAGAAGUGGCUCUGUGCAGCCUCACAUUUUGCCGACGAGGCCAUCGUUCGUGAGAUGCGAAAAGCCCAAGUCUGCACUUGGCUGUUGUGCGUGCGACGUCUCUCUGGGCAUCGCCUGGGGGUUCCAGAGUGCGCUCUGCAGAUGAGCCUUCCCCCAGAAGUGAAACUUCGUAUUGAGACCUUCAUAGGGGGCAGACACGUGUGGGGCCCCAUCAAUGCCGCAAGAGCAAAGCAGAUUGCUGAAUGUGCCCAGCGCCAGCUGAAGCGAAGCGAGGGUCUGCUGCGACAGUCGGCAUUGGCCGCGCUGGUGGCCAGGUAUGUCCAUCCCGCAGUCGUUCAAGCUGCAGAAGCCGGGUGCGUAGCCUGCUACACGGAGAUUCCCACAGAUGACGUGGCAUUGCAGGCACUGUUCGAAGUGGUGGCAUCUGAGCCGCAGCACACCAAGGAGGUUGGAGCCAUGCUGUGUGCCCAUCUGGCCAUUGAUGGAUUUCAGGUCGAACCCAAAUACCAUGACCCAGAGUAUGGGCUUUGGCGUGGCUUCUGGGUGGACAAAUGCAACAGGCUUCGCUUGGUCCUUCGCUGGUGA